AUGCGGUUUCCGCCUGGCGAUCCAGAAGAUCCGAAGAACUGGUCCGCGGGGGUGAAAUGGGCCGCGACACUGGCUCUAUCGGCACAAGGUUUCAACCGAAUCAUGAUUUCCACGAUCAUGGCACCGGCGAUCUCCGUCAUUGCGACCGACCUGAACAUGUCGAACGUGGAAAGCACUAUGGCACUUUCGGUAUACGUGCUGGCCUCGGCUUUCGGACCGAUGGUCAUCGGCCCUCUGAGCGAAGUCUACGGAAGAAAGAAGAUCAUCCAUAUAACCAACAUCUGGUUCCUUGCUUGGAAUCUCAUCUGUGGAUUUGCCAAUUCCAAAGGUCUUCUGAUUGCUGCGCGGCUUCUCGCCGGCUUCGGCGCCAGCGCCGUCUACACCAUUGCGUACGGGGUUCUGGCCGACAUUUGGCCCGCCGAACAGCGUGGACGUUCCUUGAGCAUUUAUCUCCUUGUCCCGCUCACUGGCGCCGCGGUCGGCCCCAUAGUCGGCGGGUUCAUUGUCGAGUACUCGACCUGGCGGUGGAUGUUUUGGGCGACGACGAUUUUCCAGGUCGUUGCCGAAAUCGCUACACUGCCGGUCAUUCGCGAAACUUAUGCGCCUUUACUCCUCCGGCGGCGUGCUAGGCUGUCGCGAGAGGGGAAUUCGGGGUCUCGACAGGUCACCGAUGGCGAGAACGAGAUCGAAGAGCCGUCCGCUCUCAACGCGCUAUCGACUGCGCUCGGCCGCCCCAUCCAGCUCCUAGCCUUCCAUCCCAUAAUACAAGUACAGGCCCUGCUCGGGGGCCUGGAAUAUGGCCUCUUAUAUUUCGCGCUGGCGUCGUUUUCUCAGCUCUUUGUGAACAAUUACCAAGAGUCCAUCUCGAUCUCGGGUCUCCACUACAUUGCGCUUGCGGUCGGCGAGAUCGCUGGCGCCUUGCUAUGCGGACCCUUGAUGGAUCGUGUGUAUGCAAUUCUCACAUCCCGCGCCGGCGACAGGUCGUCGCCAGAGUUGCGGGUCCCGCUUCUCCUCCCAAGCCUCUUGAUCACACCUGCCGGGUUCUUUCUGUACGGCUGGGCGGCUGAGUAUCAGCUCAUCUGGAUCGUUGUCGAUGUGGGCGGGGCAUUGCUCACGAUGGGAAUGCAGGUCUUCUCUACUACACUACACGCCUACGUUAUGGACGCCUACCCGGAACACGUCAGCUCCGCAUCGGCUGCGACUCAACUUUUGAGCAGUCUGUUGGCUUUUGCGUUCCCUCUGUUUGCAGAUCGUUUGUAUGCCGCACUUGGUUAUGGUUGGGGCAACUCCUUGCUUGCAUUUCUGUCGGUGGGCAUCACGUUGCCGGCUACAUGCAUCCUAUGGAGAUAUGGAGCGAGGUUGAGGGCGAUGAGGGAUCGGAAGCGUUGA